ACCCUUCAUACAAGGGCCAGCAAUCCAGCACUCCGCACAGCGUCUACGCGAUUCUCCCAGCUCGCCUCCCCCCUCAGGCCCCCUCGCCUUGACCCCUGAAAUGACCCUGUCCGCCGACCCCGACCGCAAGGCGCGGGACGACCGCCCCUACAAAUGCACAAUGUGCGACAAGGCGUUCCACCGCCUCGAGCACCAGACCCGCCACACCCGCACGCACACCGGCGAAAAGCCCCACCGCUGCACGUUCCCGGGCUGCCAGAAACGCUUCUCGCGCCUGGACGAGUUGACCCGCCACUUGCGCAUCCACAACAACUCCUCCGCACGCAAGCGCGGCAGCCGCUACGAGGACGUCAGCAAGCUCGAGGCCCAGUACCAGAUGUACACGGAAGCCGGCGGCCACACGGUGCCCGUGGCCGCGUUCCCCGUGGCGUUCGACGGCGCCGGCGCGCCCCACUACUACACGGGCCUGGGCUACCCGGUCUACGUGGUCCAGCAGGUCGCCGGCCAGGCGCUCGCCAUCCCGGUGCAGCCCGGCCGCCCGGGCCGCGGCCAGCCGUUGCCCGCCGGCAUCCCGAGCGCGCAAAGCGUGCCGAACUUCCAGCAGCAGGGCCCGCCGCUCCAGCCCGUGCAGAGCGUGCCCAGCUUCUCGGCCAUGCAGGGCGGCCAGCACCCGCCCGCCGCGUCGUUCCAGCGGCUGCACAUGCCCGCGGUGUUCUCGCUCCCGACGUCGCCCACGCCGGUGCAGGGCGCGCACCCUCACCCGCCUCAUCAGACCCACCACGGCCACCAGGCGGCUCUGUUGGGAUACACGCCGCACCAAGCCGCCGCCGCUGCCGACGACAGACUGCUUCACAGGUCGCAGAGCCAGACGUCGCUCAACUCCGCACACAGCCAGGUGUUCUCGCAGCUGAACGGGCCCUCGACGGACCACUCGCUGACACAGCUGCUCGCCAGCUCGCCCGAGUCGCACGCCGCGCGGACCGUGGCCCCGCUGUUCUCCAAUCUCCACGAGUACUUCCAGAAACGCGUGCCGUCCGCAGGCUCCGUGCACAAGCUCAAGCCCAGCCAGUCCAGCGGCUCGCUCACGCUGCUCCACUCGUUGUCGCAGUUGCAGCGCAUGACGCCGCUCAAAACGGCCGCCCUGCAAAUGCCCGUGCCGCGCCAGGCGUCGCUGACGCAGCUCAACUUGGAGUUUGCCCAGCCGCUCAAGAAGUCGCGUCCCAACUCCCCCACCCAGUCCAUGACCAACUUGCAGGCGGCAGUGGCAAGAGACAGGGACCACGUGGGCGUGGCGCCGCUUGCCCCGCCGCUUAGCCGCGAGGCCGCGCUGUUCAUCAUCUCGCCAAAUGAAACGCCGUUACAGACGCCCUCGCAAUCGCCGUCGUUGGCUCCGCAGGCAGCCUGCGAUAAGGAAAUCAACUCCUUCCACUUGAUCAGCAAGCUCGAAACGCAGAAGUCCAAGUUCGAGCAGCAGGAUGAGAGCAUCGCCGUCAACGGCACGGUGCUCCCGCCCAUCCGGUCCGUGUUCAGUUUCGGCCACGCAGGCGACGUGCGGCCCCUACAAGGGCUGCGAAAGACAUGAUUUCAUGGGCAUACUCGCGUGCUUCUUUGGGUUGAUUCUUCUGGUUCUUACGGUUCGGUAUUGUUCUGAUAGAUUUUUUAAUAUAUUUAAUUGGGUUCUCCCAGCCGCGUACAUCACUCCCAUUGGAGCUGAGUUCACCGUUUCCCAAUCUACAGAUUAUUGCAACGAUGUCUGACGGCGCUUGGUUGAGAAGCAAGACAUCCAUCGUGUUGCGAGAUGAUGGUCCGAACUACGGCUACGUUGGGGUCCGCUGUCUUGUUUACGCAAGAUGUAGAUCAUCACUCGAAACUUGGUGAUUAUAUUCUACAAAGCCCCGAUUGGAUUUUGCAGCUCAUAUUGAACUGAGGGUCCUUCGACAUGCGCCAUGAUAUCUCAUCGCACAACGUAAGCAGGUGUGGUUCGUAAAACAACUGUGCGGUGCUAUUGGGCGACUAAA